CUAGGCUUCCUCGACAAAAUUUUGUUUUGGUCGUUUGUGUCGCGGGAGUGAAUGAAGGCGAGCGCAAUCCAACCUUGCCAUGGCGAUGCGCAGGCUGCUCAACUGCGCUCUUCGUGGGCGGAACUUCUGCUCAUCUCAAUCUGUUCCCGCUCAAUUGAGUUCUGUUCGCAGAAUUUCUGAGCCGGCUUCGACCCAUGGUGAGAUCGGCGAAGUCUCUGGGAUUCCUGAAACACAUCUGAAGCGCAAGGUGGUAAUUUAUUCUCCUUCCCGUUGUACUACACAAUCAGGGCCAGCAACGGAUCAAUGGAAGAUUAGCUUUGAAUCUGUAAACAAAUGGGAGAACCCUUUGAUGGGUUGGACUUCAACAGGGGACCCUUACCAUAGUGUAGGUGAGGCAUCUCUCAAUUUCGAUUCCAAGGAGAGGGCAGUAGAGUUCGCUGAGAAAUAUGGUUGGCAAUAUACGGUCCGGGAGCCUCAUCAAGCUGUUCUUAAGCCAAAAGCAUAUGCAGACAAUUUCAAAUGGAAAGGUCCUGUUCCAGAGUAUGAUUAGUUCUGAUCAUCUUAGAUAUAAUUUUCGAAGCCUUCUGAAUCAACUUGAUUUUGAAAAUUGAGAUCAGCCUUUUUGGUUCUGGAUAAAGUUUUACCUUACGAACUAUCAAUAAAGGAAGUUGUGGUCGAGAACUUGCUGUAUA